AUGAACAGACAUGGAAUCACCUUGAACUUCACCCGACAUCUAGAAGACUUGGAUUACGUGGAUGACAUAUGUCUCUUGGCUCACAAAUUCGAAGACAUUCAAGCCAAAGCUAGGGACCUCGAGAUCCGAGCCAGCGCAGUAGGCUUAAAGAUCAACGCAUCAAAAACGAAAGCUAUGCGGAUCAACAACUCCAACACAAACAACAUCACAAUCGGAGAUAAUACCAUCGACUUCGUCGACAGCUUCACCUACCUCGGUACUAUCAUAACAUCAAAUGGUGGAGUGGAAAGUGAUGUGGAGAACCGACUGCGCAAAGCGAGGUCUGCAUUUGGAAGACUACACCGAGUAUGGAGAAACCAGCAGAUAAACAGAAAAACAAAGCUGCGCAUAUUCAACUCGUGUGUAAAAUCCAUACCGCUAUACGGAUCGGAGACGUGGCUGACCACUCAAACGAUAUUGAUGAAGCUGCAGGCUUACAUCAAUAAGUGCCUAACAAUAAUACUUGGGGUAAUCUGGCCAGAUAGAAUACCCAAUGAGGACUUAUGGCACUGCACAGGAGAGGUCCCAAUCCAGGAGCAAAUAAAGAAACGGAAAUGGAUUGGCCACGCUCUGAGGAAGGAACCAGGAAGCAUCAUAAGAAUGGCUCUGGAUCGGAACCCACAAGGAAGCAGAAGAGUGGGUCGCCCAAAGAUGACCUGGCGCCGUACAGCACUCCUACAAAUAUCCCGGAAGAACAUCAGCUGGGACACAAUAAAGCAAACAGCGGAAAAUAAAGUUAGGUGGAGAGCCCUUGUAGAGGCCCUAAGCUCCCGAGAAGAGUAA